AUGGUGCAGCGCUCUGCUUCAAAGUUGGAUUCAGAUGGUUUGAAACAGUUCGAAACGGUCAUCGAGCAACGAGCUGUGCAGAGUGGCAAAUCGCUGAUCAAGUACUCGGAGGAGAAGAACACGCAGAAGGCGACGCUGGACAAGAAGAGGGUCACGGAGUACGUUGACUUCAUCAAGGCUAUUCAGGACGCCGUCCCGAAUAUGAGCAUCACUAGCGGCGACGCGAAGAAGUGCCUAGGGAGCGUCUUCGACAACCACAAAGCAGAUUGGAACGUGAAGGAUGCGCACCGAGAGGACUGGAUCAACACAAUGGAGCUCCGCAUUCGAAAUCUCUGCGCUAGUGUCAAAAAAGCAACAUCUGUCAAAAAACCUGCGAAGUGGCUGGUCGACUUGGGACUCGCGACCUCACCUUGCCCCACCGCCGACGACGAGGACGAUGAUGAGAGCGGCAAGGGCAAGGAUGACUGCACUGUCGGAUGGAACUUGGAGCUGGGUUUGGCAUUCAGGCGCAAGGUCGUUAAGGGCAAGGCAAAAGAAGAGUUGUCUCUACCGAUCAAUACUUCUAACGUUGCGAAGCUCAGCUCGGACGACCCGAUUGUUGCAGAAUGGCACGACGGCUAUACCAAGGAGAUCAACGACAUGACCAAGGAGCGCUGGGAGAACCUGACAAAGGCAAGCCACGCGAAGUCUGGCGAAGGCCCCCUCUGGGAAGAAGAGUCCAGCAUAACCCGUAACAAACUGUACAUCGACCAGAGGGUCGACAGGCACUUAUUAAUGUCAUUAUACGAGCAAGGUUCACAGAUUCUCAUGAUGCGCCUGGACACGUUUGCGGACUUGAAGGGCCACAACCAGAGGCUUCCGAACAACCACGAGGCCGUGUUGACAGGCCUCUCCAUCAUGAAGCCGAUCGCUGAGCAGUACCGCACGGGCAACAUCAAGCAGGGUGACAGGACGGCGCUCAGGGAGGCGAGAAAUAAAGCCAUCACCGAGUGGAAGAGCAAGGGCGAGCUCAAGAAGGUGCACGGCAAGGACAGCUCCACGGUGACCAGCCCCACGAAGACGGAGGGGCGCGACAGCCACGUCGCCCUGAAGAGGCGCAUCGGCGGCAUCGGCGGGAGCACAGUGGACGUCAGUUCAGCGGCCAGCGAAGCGGCGCCAUCGAUUGCCGCUGACGUACACACUGUACUCUCGGAGGCCUUAGCAGACGUGCCGAUGCAGCCUGCGCCAGCCCUCAGCACGACCAAUGGUCAGAGCAAUAUCCUCGAGGCCAGAGACGAUCAGGCCCCUGCCGCUUCGAUGAAGGAUGUGAUCGUCCAAGGCGUCGAGGCGGGCCGUGCCGAUGAGUUCCUGGAGAGCGAGGUGGGGGCGCAGCUGACGGAGGAGAACAUGGCGAAGUUCGACAGGGUGAUGGGCCACAUGCUCAAUCAUGAAGCUCGCGCCGAGUGCUUGAUUGAGUCGGCGAAGCGAGCCCACGCCGAAUCCAAGCUGGCCUCGAAGGACGAGAAGCUGCUCACGUCGUUGCAAGAAGUCAUCCAGACGGGCGCCUUCAACACCCGCAGCAGUUAUGGCAAUCGGUUCCGCGACGAGCUUGCGCAAGACAAGAAGGAGAAGGAGCUCUACGACAAGAAAGACAGGAACGGGCAGCAAGAGUACAGGAUGAAAUGGGCCCUCGACACAGUAGGGGCGCUCGUGAAGAAGAAGACCCACACGACUACGCUGAAGGAGUCCACAAAGGCAGAGUACAAGUACAUGACGUUCGGCAAGAUGGUAGAGGAGUUCGGCGGUUGGAAAUGCCAGGCUGCCCGCAAAGGAGCUUCUACCGCGGCCCUCAAGUGCUUGGCCAUGGGCCACCCGUUCGUGAAGAAGCACAGCCAGUCGGACAUGACUAUCUUCGCGAUCGUCGAGGAGAGCUGGAAGGAGACGUUCGAGCAGAGCUGGUCGGAGCUGGUGCAGAGCGUGUCUUCCCACGCAGCCGUCGGUGACCUUCCAACUGGCACUCCCGAGGAGCCGAAGGGCCCGCAGACGGACCAGAAGCACCCGAGGCUCCCGAAGGACCCGAAGGGCCCGAAGGAUGCGAUCAAGAACCCGCCGAAGGAGCCGCCCAUCGACGAUGCCGAUACGAAACAGAAGAAGAAGGAGAUCGAGAAGCUCUUCAAGGAGGCUGGCAAGGUGAAGCACGACUUCGUUUCCGUCACGCACACUGCGAUCGACAUCCUCUCGCAGAUCAACGACGAGACUGCUGACUGGAAGUUCGCGCGCGGCGACAAGCAGGACAUGCUGAAGGAGAAGAUCGACGACCUGAAGGCAUCCCUGAGCCCCGUCGGGAGAGAGUUCGUCCUGGAGAAAGACCAGAAGAAGUUCAAGGCGAACCACACGACUGCGAGGCUCGUCGUCGAGAUGCAGUCCUUCAAGGACUUGCAGAGCAAAGUUGCCGAGUUGCAGAGCAUCGUGGAGAGGCUCGGCGAGGCAAAGAAAGCGCUGAAAUUCUGA